GGACAAGGAUGGAAGAGUUGGCUUGAGUCUAGCUUGAAGCUCUGUGGGUGCUCAGAGCAGCGGGAUACAGCAAGGCCUCGGCCCUCACCGCCUCUCUCAGAAUGACACUGCCGCGACUCUCGGCACUUGAACUGCCCAUCCCCACAGUUCAAGUGUGCUGUUUGAUUGCACUCGGGCUCCGUAGCCGGGGCUGACGCCGUCCCCGCUGCAGUAGUGGCGACCCCUUUUCGUGCCCUCCGGGGUGAUGCGCGCUGGGUGACGUUUUCUCGGCGACGCCCCGCCUCGCGGCCGAAUUGCUGGGGGUGCACUCCCGGCCGGAAGCGGCCACCGACAAAUCAGUUGGGCGGGGUGGGGGCGGCCAAGUGCGCAUGCUCCAACGGGGCGGGCCCGCGGCGGGGCGGGGCCUUGGGGCCGUCCAGUCCGCGAGCAGCGCGGGGCCGGGGCGCGCGGGAAGCGCCGGCAGGGCUGCGGGGACUCCUCCGCGCUGCGCCAUGGCUGUGUCCGUUCCCGGCUACUCGCCCAGCUUCAAGAGGCCGCCGGAGAUUGUGCGGCUCCGCCGGAAAAGGUCUCGGAACCACGGUGCCGCCGUGCCUUCCGCACUACCGGAGCCCACGCCCCGCCGCGCGGCGCUUGCGGCCGGGCUGCCCCUGCGCUCCUUCCCGAGCUCGGGCGGCAGAGGCGGCGCCGCGACCGUCGCCCGCAGGAACCCUUUCGCCCGCCUGGACAACCGGCCGCGGGUCGCCGACGAGGCUCGCGAACAGCCGUCUCGGGGUCCGCAGGGAGCUCCGGGCUCGCUUUUAGAUUCUAAUGGGGAAAAUAAUUUGCCGUGGGAGGAAACGUCUCAUGAAAGAACUGUCAUCGAACUGUCGCAGAGUCAACAUGUACCAUUCUCUGGAUCAGAUACAACUUCUUCAGAAGGUGCUGAGUUACCUGCGGACUGGAGUAUUAAAACCCGACUCCUUUUCACCUCCUCUCACCCCUUUUCCUGGGCAGAUCAUUUAAAAGCACAGGAAGAAGCCCAAGGUCUUGUCCAGCAUUGUAGGGCCACAGAAGUCACUUUACCCCAGAGUGUAGAGGAUCCCAAGCUCUCCACUGAGCUCCGUUGUGCCUUCCAGCAAACCCUUGUCUACUGGCUUCACCCUGCCUUUUCAUGGCUGCCACUUUUCCCUCGAAUUGGAGCUGAUAAGAAGAUGACUGGAAAGCCCAGUCCAUGGUCAAAUGAUGAAACUCUGCAACAAACUCUGCUGAGUGACUGGUCUGUGAGUUUUACUUCUUUGUAUAAUCUGCUGAAGACAAAGCUUUGCCCCUUUUUCUACGUCUGUACCUAUCAGUUUACUGUCCUGUUCCGGGCAGCAGGAUUAGCAGGAAGUGAUGUGGUCACAGCACUUGUAUCUCCUACAACUAGAGGUUUAAGAGAAGCUAUGAAAAAUGAAGGUGUUGAAUUCUCUCUGCCUUUGCUAGAAGAAAGUGGCCGCAAGAAGAAAGGACGAGAAGCAAACCUGGAGUCUGAGGAGGAGCCAGCGGCCAGCGAUGAAGAUGAAGAGGAAAGCUUUUCUUGGCUGGAAGAGAUAGGUGUGCAAGAUCAAAUUAAAAAGCCAGACAUGAUCUCCGUCAAGCUACUUAGAGAAAAAACUGAAGUACAAAUGGAUCACAGACCUGAAUCUGUUGUACUGGUGAAAGGACUCAACACUUUCACGUUGCUCAAUUUUUUGAUCAACUGCAAGAGCUUAGUUGCUACCUCCGGUGCACAGGCAGGCCUCCCUCCAACCCUUUUAUCCCCCGUAGCCUUCCGAGGUGCCUCGAUGCAAAUGCUUAAGGCACGAAGCAUUAAUGUAAAGACACAAGAUCUUUCUGGGUACAGAGACAAGUUUAGUUUGGAGAUCACAGGUCCUGUCAUGCCUCAUGCUCUGCAAUCUGUGAUCAUGCUACUCAGAUCUUCACAGAGAGGGUCAUUCUCUGCUGGGAUGUAUGCACAUGAGCCAACUGCUGCAUUCAAUGUCUGCCUGCCACUGGAGAAGGAACCGCAUGGAAAAGAUGCUCCUAAGGACCUUGCUAACUGUGGGCUGCACCCCAAAACCCUGCAGCAGCUCAGUCAAAUACCACUACUGGGGAAGUCAUCCUUAAGGAAUGUGGAAAUGAAUGACUACAUUUUUAAUUGGAGAUCCUGAACACCAAAGUAAGCCUAAAGGGAAACUGAGGAAAAGCUUCCUAGCAAGGAAGGAAAUUGAUGAUUCUUAGGUCUCUGGCUCUUUAAAGUUCAUUUUGGAAGACUAUGUUUUAAAAUACUGAAAUGUUUUUAAGCAUUGACUUUUUAUAUGAACUUUUAUUAUUAAAUGCAUUAGUUUUUAGGUUUUAAAACCAACAUUUUGCUUUUGUUAUUUUCAUACAUUUUCAGUUCAGGAGAUGCGAGCUGUUUCCUUAAACCUCAGAUAACUUGAAUGACAAUUCUAUAUCUGCAACUUGAUUGUAACCGGAGUAGAGAACUGAAUUAAAAGUGUUGCAUUAA